AUGGUUCUUGGCUCUGCUCGUUCCGCCCUCACUCGCUCCUCAAGCACUCUCCCGCCGCUCCCGCUGGUGCCUUCGGAUGCGUCCAAGCCGCUGUACAAGUUCCAGCAGUCGCUCCCAACCCUGCCGGUCCCCAAGCUCGAAGAGACGGCUGCCAAGUAUCUGCGAUCGGUCCGUCCGCACUUGGACGAUGCCGCCUUUGCCAAAACCGAGGCUGCCGUCAAGGAGUUUCUCAAGCCCGGCAGCAUCGGCCAUGUCCUGCAGCAGAGACUGCUCGAGAAAGCCCAAAACUCCAAGACCUCAUGGCUGUACGACUGGUGGAACGACCUCUCCUACAUGGCCUACCGUGAUCCCGUCGUUUUCUUUGUUUCGUACUUUUACCUGUUCAAAGAUGAUCCCCGUGUCGAGUGGAAGUCCAAUGUCCAGCGAGGCGCUGCCAUCAUCCAGGCGGCCAUGCAGUUCCGCCACCUUGUUGUUUCCGAGGAGCUCCAGGCUGAUCUGACCAAGAACAGCGCGCUCUCGGCCGACCAAUACCAGUGGAUGUUCAACAACUGCCGCAUACCCGUCAUUCCCUCCGACACCACCGCCGUGUACGAUCCCCACGCCAACAACCAUGUCCUCAUCAUCCGCAAGAACCAGUUCUUUACUUUUGAGGCCAUUCACAAAGACGGUACCCCCCUGACGACCAGCGAGAUUGCCAAGCAGCUCUCCGAGAUCGUCAAGGCUGCCGGAGAAAAGAAGGGCGUCCCAGUCGGUGCUUUCACGGGCGAGGAUCGUGAUGUCUGGACCAAGACUCGAGAGGAGUUCCUGGCCACCUCGCCCAAGAACAAGGCUUUCCUGACUGCGAUUGAGUCGUCUGCCUUUGUUCUCUGUCUGGACGACAGUGCCCCUGUCACCCGCAUUGAGGCCAGCCGCGGUCUGUGGCACGGCGAUGGACAGAACCGCUUCUACGAUAAGCCCCUCGAGUUCACGGUGUUUGAGAACGGCAAGGCUGGAUUCCUCGGCGAGCACUCGAUGAUGGAUGGCACCCCCACGCAUCGCAUGUGCGAGUGGAUCCUCGAUAGCCUUGCCAAGAACUCCAUCAACCAUGGCAGCAAGGCCAUCCGCCCAGACCUUGUUCCUCCCAAGAAGCUGGAGUUUGUGCUGACCCCCAGCCUCGAGCGCCAGCUCGAACAAGCGGUGUCCAAGUUCGACAAGACCGUUCAGGAUCACAACCUGCAGGUUCUUGCCUACCGUGGCUUCGGUAAGGAUUUUAUCAAGACCGUCAAGUUCUCCCCCGAUGCCUUUGUCCAGAUGGCCAUCCAGCUGGCCUACUACAAAAUGCACAAGGUGUCGCGACCCACAUACGAGAGCGCCCAGACCCGCAAGUUCCAGUUUGGCCGCACCGAGACCUGCCGCUCGGUCUCUCUGGAGAGCAGCGCCUUUGUCAAGGCUUUCACGAACGAGGGUGUCGCCGCUGGACAAGUUGACAACACCGUCAAGGCUAAGCUGCUGAAGGCCGCCGUCGACUCGCACGUCAGCUACAUGGCCGAUGCCGUGGAUGGCCGCGGAUGCGACCGCCAUUUGUUCGGCCUGAAGCUCUCGCUCAAGGAUGGCGAGACUGUCCCGGCCAUCUUUGCCGAUCCCGCCUACAACCUCACCCGCCACUGGAACAUCUCGACCUCCCAGAUCAGCUCUGAGUACUAUGACGGCUGGGGCUGGGGUGAGGUCGUCCCCGACGGAUACGGUAUCGCCUACAUGAUCAAGGAGAAGACCCUGCACUUCAAUGUUGUCUCGCUCAACGGUCUGCGACCCGACCGCCUUGCACACUACAUCGGCGAGGCCCUGGACGAGAUGCGUCAGGUGCUUACCGCCGUGGCCCCCAAGCCCAGCAACGAGCCCGUCAAGGCCAAGCUGUAA